AGACAAAAAAGACUCGGAAGGGAGACUUAAAAGAAUGCGAAACUCGUCAAAUGAUAGUGGCAAUAGUGAAACUCAAGACGAUGAACUGGAAGAGGAUGCAGAGGAAACAAGACCAAGAAAACGAGUGCCUUCAUCAGACACCAAUCAUUCGCAAAGUGCCGAUCAAUCUAGAGCCCAAUCCCCUGAAGAUGAAUACGCAGGCGUUGACUAUAACACUCUAAUACCUGCAAUUGCAAUGGACUGUUCUAGCGAUAAUGAAAGCAAAAAGGACCGCAAUAGCCCUAAAAUUAUCCAAAGAAAAACCUUGGAAUCGUUUGGCGGUAGUGUAGAAAUUUCGAGAAGUUAUAAGAAAGAUAACGAUUUGGCCGCUCAGAAAUUGGGUCAGAAUCCUUCGAUUUCGCUCAAGCCAAACUAUGGAGAUUCGUCUUGGCAAGAUGAAGCUGCUCCGAGCAAACUCAUUUCGAAUCCCGCUUUGUCAGUUAGACAAUUAUUCCCAGGCGAAGAAGAAAUGGGCCUAGUGGGAGACAUAGAUUUCAAAAACGUCGUAGCCCGUACACCCGAGGGCUGGGAAAAGUGCGUCACCACCAUCCAAUACGACAAAGACACCAAAAUGCUAUGGGAAGAACUGCAAAAACCUUACGGCAGCAAAAGCAGCUUCUUACGACAUUUGGUUUUGUUGGAGAAAUAUUUCAGGAGCGGUGACUUAGUGUUGUCACCAUCGGCCAAUAAUCGCGCAGUCAAUUACAAAGAAAGCGUCCACAAUCGUCUGAGGGCCUACGAUAACAUACCGAGCAAUGUUGGGCAGGCCCAACCUCCAAGUAUGGUACAAUUUACCAAAAUCAAUCUUAGAAAUACGUCUAAUUCUAACGGACUACCUCCUGUAACUAUUAGUCAAGUGGGACGCCCUGAUAAUGAAAUCCAAACUUCAAGAACUCCGAUUACGCUCCAGCAACUGAACCAGCCCCCUCUUUACCCUACCAGUACCAUUUUGCAAAAUCUGGCUAAAAAUAAAGCCGGAGCGGCGCCACCCGGUUUGAUUUCGAUCAAUCAGAAAGUGGGGGCGUCCAGUACCAUUGUGCGUCCUCCGGUGCCCAGUCAGAAAAUCAAAUUUCCCAUCACGAAGAACUGGAGGCCGAAUUUGAUUCCGAUCGAUCCGGCGAUGAGGAACGAAAGAAAACCUGGACUUGUACAGGUCAUAUCAGGCGGCAAACCCUACCACAUAACCUUAGAAGACUACAAGAAAAUGUGCGCCAUCAAACGUAGCUUCGAAGCCAAACAAAAAAAAAUCCAAGAACAACAAACAUUGGCAAGACACCAAGCCUUGCUCAACCAAAAAUCAAUGCUCAAACCUGCCCAACAACAACCAGCCAGAAAAUUACUAACCAAAACAUCAGGCGGCACCUUAAUAGAAACAAAAAUCGAAUCCAGUGAGUCGAUUUUGGAAAAAUUAGACAAACAAGUUGAAAGGCUUGGCCAACGCAACCAAGACGCUUCGAUUCGUUUGGAAAACAAUCCUGCUAUUCAAAUAAUACCGAGGAUACCGCAAUCUUUGACUGUAAUACCGCAAACUGUACGUAAAAGCCCUCCGAGUCCUGUACUGUUGAUAACCAAAACAAGUUCAAACAGUAGUAGUGACGACAAAGACAAUCAAUCUUGAUUGGUUAUAGUAGUAUAUAGUGUUUUUGCUUUUAAAAAUCAGCAAGUGCCUAAGAAUUUGUAAAUUAUAGAAUCUCAAUUUUGCAGGUUCGAUACCAAAACUUCCUAGAAUGAUAUGGGUAAAAACAAACAAAAAAAUGCUUAUCAGAAACUUGCAUAAAACAUAUUGUAGAUUUAUUAUUGACUAAUAUUUUUUUAUUAAUUGGAUGAUUGUUUAAAAGCACUAUAGAAGCAAUAAGUCUCUAUCUCCCCUCUUAAAAUUAGUGCCUAAUAAGAUGAGUUUUUAUUGGUAAUUAUUAGCUUUGUUCCAACACACCGGAAAGUUGUGCGUAUAACCCGAAAUUUGUAUACAGAGUGGUUUCGAAACCGUUCGUGAGGCGGUUUUUUGACGGGUUGGAACAAACCUAAUAAUAUGUUGGAAAAUUAUUGUUCAUCUAUUCUUUCACAAAAAAAAAAAAAAUAUUCAUGUUAAGUUUUUAGAAAAUUGACAUUAUAACCGUGUUUAAUUAGUUAUUAAUAAAGUUUAAUAACUUGUACAUUUUAUUAAGUAAUUUUGGAUUUAUUUUUAAGUAUAUAAUUAAUAUUAUUAUCAAUAAUUAAUUUAAUUUAUUUUUUUAGUUUUUAAGAUUUUUCUUUUUUUACACUGUAUUCAGUUGGCGCCUUGCAUUUUUUUUUUCUUUCUUUUUUUUGACUUAAAACCUUUGUAUUUCGGUUGUAAAGUAUAGUGUAUAGUUCGCCUUACGAGUCUAGCACUACGACGUCGGAAGGGCAAGGGGGAAUAACGCCAUUCAUUUCGAGCUUUAUGCUGCCUGUCAUGGGCGUGCGCGCAGCGUUUUCAAAUAUUACUUUUUCCUUAUAAAUGUAGGUGUGUGACAUAGAUAAAUAUCAAGGUAUUUUCUAAUGGAAGUCAAACAGGCAAUAUUGCAAUUUUUUUAUCCGCAUUCUUUCCAUAGUGCUAGACUCGUACGGCGAACUUUAAUUAUUAUAUUGUUACUGGUUUUUUUUUUGUUCAAUAAUAGGAUGAGUUCUUGUUAUCUAACCGCAACCUUAUUCGUCAGAUAAGGGGUUGUUGUUGGUUAGCAAUCAUGAUUAUAUUGUAUUUUAAGUCCAAAUAUACCUACAAUUGAUUUUUGACUUAUUUGUAUUCUCGAUUUAUUCUGCAUUCAAGUAUCACUAUUUAUCAUUACUAUUGGGUUUAUUAUUAUAUUUGAAUAAAGAUACAUAUUUCUAUAA